AGGGCCCUGAGUUCGGCCACAGCAGGCGCCACGGGCUUCCCGGGUGGCCCCGGAGAUGCCCGAGGGUCCCCCGUGCCGCCCCGCGGCGGACUCGGCGGCGCGCGGCGGCCGGAGGUAGGGGCGGCCAUGGCGCGGUGGGCGUGGGCCCGGGGGGCCCCGCUGGUCCUGGGGGCCCUCUGGCUGGCGCUGUCCCCGUCGCGCGCGGGCGCGCAGGUGAACCUGAGCUCCGUGGACUUCUCGGACCUCCCGGCGCUGCUCGGGGUCCCCGUGGACCCCCAGAGAGCACGCGGAUACCGACUGGUGGACAGGCAGGUCGACGCCUGCCUCGCCGCCGACGGCCCUGGGCCCGACAACCGCUCGCUGGACCCACUCGUGCUGGUCCGGCCGUUGGGCUGCGCGUGGGAGCGCGCGGGGCGGCGAGCGCGGAGAGCCGGAGCCGUAGCAGUCCCCGUGCGCCCCGAAGCCCUGGGGAGGAGGCGCGUGUCCGACGACCUGGAGGUGACGGUGCGCUGCGACCGGCCGGCGCGCGUGCUGCUGCCCCGAGGGGGACCGUGCCCGGACCCGGAGUGCCACCCCGCCGUGGCCGCGUCCUGGGCGCUCGCCAGAGCCCUGGCCUUGGCCGCGUCCACGCUGUUCGUGCUGCGGCAGCUGUGGCCGUGGCUGCGGGGCUGGGGCAGCCGGGGCACCGCGGUGAAGACGCAGACGUGCCAGAAGGCGCAGGUACGCAUCUUCACGCGCCUCAGCGACCUGUGCGCCAUCUGCCUGGACGACUACCAGGAGGGCGAGCGCCUCAAAAUCCUGCCCUGCGCGCACGCCUACCACUGCCGCUGCAUCGACCCCUGGUUCUCGCGCGCCGCGCGCCGCUCCUGCCCCCUGUGCAAGCAGUCGGUGGCCAGCACGCACGACGGCUCCACGGACGGCAGCGUGGGAGGCGACGACGCGCCGCUGCCUUGCCACCGUCCCCCCAUCUGGGCCAUCCAGGCCCGCCUGCGCUCCCGCCGCCUCGAGCUGCUGGCCCGGCCCGUCCCCUGCCGUCGCUGCAGCAGCGCCACGUCCCUGGGGCUGGCCGACAACGUGGCGCCGUCAGAGACCACCCCCGAGCCCUCCUGACCUCGA